UAAGUUAUCACAAUAACCUUAACUGUCAACGAACAUCGAACCUCCCCUAACAUUUUUAUUUUAUAUUAAACCUAUAUUUAUAUGGAUAAUUUUUUGUUUACUAAUAUUCUACAAUGGAAACUUUUUCAAAUUUGUAUCUCCAGAGUAACAAACAGCCUCAGAUUAACAUUGGGCCUAACUAUUCUAUCCCUCAGGUGAACAAUAACUUUUUAUCUUCUGUGAAUUAUAUGGAUGUUUAUAAUACUAGUACUGGUUCUAUACAAAAUCGCCAGCAAAAUUACUAUGCAUCCAGUACAGAUCAACUGGAGCACCUGAACUGGGAGAAUAGGCUGAUUCCAGAUGUAGCAAAAAACAUAAAAAUGCCAGAUAAGAUGGAAAUGAUUGAAAUAUCUUGUAAAAAUCCAAGUCCUGUUGGAUAUAUUAGCAAUGCAGACCUUGAAAGUCCUAAACCCCUAGAAAAAGAAGCAAAUUAUUUUACUAGAUUUAACAAUCAGUGGUAUAGCCAAAAUAAUUGUGAAAGAAAUUAUGAGUUGCCAUCAUGUGCCCAGGUUUCCACCCAUUUAGAUAAAUCUCAAAAGUUCUGCAGCAUUCAAAAAAAUUAUGAUUUGGAUUUUUUCACCAAGAGUUGUGGCUACAUCGAUAAUUUGCCCCCAGAAAGCUCGGAUUUUUUCAAUAAAAAUGGAUAUAAAUCUUCAAGUGACUUUGUUCCUGAUUAUAAUUCUUAUAAUUAUUAUGAUAAAAAUCAGUUCUGCCAGCCAGUUUCCCAUAAUGAAAAUUUCUUCGGUACAUCUUCAAAUAUACCUUUUACUCCAAUAAUAAAUCCUAUUGAUCAGCAGACUGAAGAUUCAAAUGAUGAUAGUGACAUUAUAGUUGAAGAAUCUGAUGAUGAAGUAACAGAUCAUAGCGAGGACCAUGAUAGGAGGCAGCAAUACCAGACAAAUAGGUGCCUUGUAUGUAACAUAAAUUAUACUCCUCUGGGCACUCAAUUUUACUUAUUGACCACUGAAAAUCCCCUCACCAUGUCAAGUCAACGACCAGUGAUUAAUAAAAUUACAGAAAUAGUAGGGGCCUUUUCUACCAAAAAAAACUAUCUGUGUAGUGAAUGUUUAGGACUAAUCAAUACAAUAGACCACCUGCAACUCAAACUGGAAAAUUUCAAUGAAGAAUUCAUCACAAAAUUCAAGAAAACAUGUAAGGAAAAUAAUAUUUCAGUUAAAAAAAAAAUACUAAAUGAAGAUGUCAAAAUCACUAAAAAAUUAUACAGUAAUAAGUUUCUAAAGUUCAGAUGUAGAUUAUGUAAAAAUGUAUUUUGCCUCCAGAGUUUUUUUCGUUACCAUAUCAAAAGACACAAAACUCGCAAAUUUCUUUGUGAUUUGUGUGGCUUGGUAUCAAUUAGUAGAAGAAAGUUUUUAUUGCAUUUGAAAGUACAUAAAAAAAUUGUUAAUAUAGACCCUUUGAAGUGCUCCAAUUGUGAAAAGACUCACAGAACAAAGUCAAAUUUGAGGGAACAUCAAAAUUUUUGUUUGGGAAUCUUGCCAUUCGUGUGCAAACAGCACUAUUGUAACAAAAAAUUUGCUUCAGCUAAUAAGCUAAAAAAUCAUGUUAAACUCAAACAUGACAAGAAAUUCAUAGCCAUUUGUUCUAUUUGUAACAUUGGAUUUGUUAAAGUUUCAGAUUAUAAAAGUCACAUGGUUACUCAUAGUACUGACAAAAAAUAUUCCUGUUCAAAAUGUAGUAAAAGUUAUAAAACCAUAAGUAAUCUCAAUUUUCACAUGAAAGUCCACAAUAGCAGUAGACCUUUUACUUGCUCUAUUUGUGCAAAAGGUUUCAUGCGAAAGGAAUAUUUAGAAGCGCAUGUUAAUAACCAUAAGGGUAUAAAAAACUAUUCUUGCACGGUUUGUGAUAAAAGGUUUGCUUCCCAGAAAAAUUUAGAUGCUCACUCAAAAUACCAUGAAGGGACAAUUAAAAAGAACACUUGUAAUAUUUGUGGAAAAACUAUGACUAGUGGUUUUGAAGAACAUCUAAAAACUCAUAGCAACUUAAGAGAAUUUGAAUGUGAAAGCUGUGAUAUGAAAUUCAAUACCAGAGGUGCUUUCAGAAAACAUGUCAAAAAAAAACAUACAGGAAUACUUUUGAAUAAAUGAGUUUUAAAUAA